GCCACCAUGAGAAGAGAGAGAAAGUGAAGCUAUCUUCAAGAAAGAACCCAUGGAUGCUCUGGGAUUUUGCAGUAACAAAUUGCUCCUCUCUCUUCCCAACAGAACCAAAUUCUCCAUUAAAAAGAUUGGCAAAAGGACCUCAGCUGUUGAGUCGCCCCUUCUGAUUCACUCCAUGGCCACCCAAAACCCUAAUUCUGCAACUCGCCCUAUGAGCACCAAAAAGGGAACAGUAACAGUUUUCCCCGUCGGUGAGCCAUCAACAGGUCCUAGUGAGAGAACAUCCAACUCCCCCCCAAUAAAACUCCUUACAAGGGUUGAGAAACUGAGGCUUUUAACCAAAGCCGAGAAAGCAGGCCUUUUAUCUGCAGCCGAGAAGUUCGGGCUCUCUCUCUCUACGGUAGAGAAAUUGGGUCUCCUCUCAAAGGCUGAAGAAUUUGGUGUUCUCUCAGCUGCCACUGAUCCAGCCACUCCUAGUACCCUCCUCAGCCUAAGCAUGGGGCUUUUGAUUUUGGGUCCUUUUUGUGUUUACUUUGUGCCUGAGGAUUCGAUAUGGGAGAUAGCUUUGCAAGUUAUUGUGGCUCUUGUUUCUAUUCUUGGAGGCUCAGCUGCCUUUGGUGCCUCUAGUUUUGUAUCAAAUUUGCAAAAAUCUGGUUAAGUUUUUUGAACCCACUUGGACUUUUGGGGAACGCUGGUCAAGUUUUUUUAACCCAUUUGUACUUUUGGGGGUGGCUUUGUCGUAUUUAUGCAUAAAUGUGGUGUCGUAAAAUUCGUCAGUGUAUAUGAUUCAUGAUGUGAUGGACUUCUGGUUAGAGGACGUGGACUUGCUGAUUAAGAUC